GUCUCUCUUUGCUUAAUUUCGGCCACACAGCAAUCUUCACAGGGCUCACAGGCUGAGCAGGUCACUGCCCCUCAGCACCUGAUAGAGCAUGGCCCCAAAGAAGAAAAAGAAGCCUGCAGCGAACCCUGCUCGAGGGUUUGCUACGACUUCUGUACCUUCUAAAUCUAAAGCCGUCGACGAGCCCGAUAAGGGUUUGGUUAGCGUCGAUGAUACUGCCUCAGGGGCAGGCACUGGUGCUAAACCCACAGCACCUAUCAAACACGAGAACGCGGUGUCGAGCAAUGGCGAACAGGCUGUACAAGGUUUAAAGAUCCAAGAUAUGACUCCCGAAGAGUUUGAAGCUCAUCUGGAAGACUCUGAGCUGGAGGGAGUACUCUCCAAGUACGCUACACGAUGCAUUGCUGAUGCUCGCCGUCAAGUCGCCAGGCUAGAAACCGAACGGCGUCAACUGCGUCCGCAAGCGCAAAAAUUAUCAACAUACAACUGGCUGCCGGACGAGACAGUGGACAGUCUCUUUGAUAUGGAUGCCCAUGGUAGGAGCCCUGUAUCGUCGGCAUCUAGGGGCGUUGAGAUUCCUGUCGAUGAGGAGAAACUCUUGCUCGACCUGUGGAGUUUGGAGAGAGUCUUGGUGUCAUUGAAAUUUCCAAGAGUCUCUAAAGCACUUGCCCAUAUUGCUGAAACUGCCCUUCUAGGACAGCUAAGGAGCAUCCCCGAUUUCCUGCCCGGCCUGUCUGAGGCUUUGCAAUGGUACGCCUCUAAGACGCCUGAGGGCGAACUCACGAACUAUGAACAGACUACAGGCCCAACGACUGGAUUGAGCGGUGAUAGCACCCCACUCCAGAUGACAUCUGAUUCCCCUGCCUCGCGCAAGUAUAUGUGACGUCGCGAUAUCUUGCCGUCCUAUUUCCAUCUCAGAUCGGUGCCUUUGAUCUUAGUCGAACCCCAAUUUACCCCUUUCGCAAUCUUGAGCUGCAUGUACCAACAGGACUAACAAAGACACAGAGCCGCCGACCGCGAACCAAAGUAGACAAAGUCCAGCAUCCACGCCCGCAGGAGUUUCAGAAGCGGAGGAAGACUCAUCAUCGAGCCCAGAGUCUUCAGAAUCUGAAGAAGACAACGACCCUGCCAAACUAAUUGAGAAAUCUGUUCAAAUCCAACGACGACUCUGGGAGGCGCAGAACGAGGAUGCCAACGAUAUUGCGAAGGCGGGGAAAAGAAGGGAAAGGCGCAUCGCUAAAUUGCAGCGUAAUUUGCAACAGCUGCGUCGUGAUCCUCUGUUGGAUAAGCAAGAGGAAGAAGCUGCGUGGGAAAUCAUCUUGACUCAACUCAUGGAAGCACGUCAACAGUACCUGCGUGUUGCUGCUACAAAGCGGCGGAAGGAGAAGCAAGCCGCUGUUCAACAGAACAUCGACGAUGAUACCGUGAUCAAGAAGCCUGGAUCAGAGGACAACGGACUAACCGCUGCUGACGACGAUGAUGCUCUUCUGGGUGGUAUGUUUGGAGAAUCCGAAGACACCAUUGUCUCUGAACGAAACCAACCAGCAUCUGAGAACUCGAUCAGACUGCUAGACUUCGGAAAAUGGUCGGGACUGUCACCAAAGAGACUUCUUGAUGAAGUCUGCAGAGGCCGUGAUUCGAGAUGUCGGAUACAGAUCAGAACUUUGCAGCAAACCUCACACUCUACAAGACACAAAUUACAGAUUUCUUGGACAGCCGAUACCAUGGCCGAGGCUAGCACGACGUUGGCAUUACCAUCCGAAGUCUCUGCUCAGGUUAAUGAGCGUUUUUGGGAAUUGGAGAUGAGAGGCGUUGCAGCAGCGGGUACCACCCAGUCGGAGGCUUAUAUCUGCACUCUUGGCCUGUUUCUGGUGUCAACACUCGGUGCCAGCGAGCAGAAAGCAAUAAGCCGUCUGCCGACUGUAUGGAGAGAUGUGGUGAAAGACUUGGGCGACACCAAAGAAAGACUUGUCAACGAAGAACGAAAGGAAACUUUACGGAGGCUGCGAGCCCUCAUCUCUGAAACACAGGACAGACUGAGCCAGCGACAAAGCAAACUACCCAGCAAGGACCGAUCUGAGGCCUGCAGCAUUGCCGGUGACCGCCGCCGAGCUCGAGCACCUGUCAUUGUGAAUUGGAGUCCAGAACAAGUCUCCACGGAAUGGAAUACCCGCACCUCUCGUCCAUCUUUUCGCGAAAUGCUUCAAGUACGCCAAGAGCUCCCUGUUCACCAGUACAAAGACCGAAUUCUCUCUUGCAUUGCCGAACACGCCGUGAGUGUUAUCUGCGCAGAGACCGGUGCCGGCAAAUCGUCUGGAAUUCCGGUAUUGCUUUUGGAGCAAGAGUUUUGCGCCUCCCGGGACUAUCGCAUCCUUGUAACACAGCCAAGGAGAAUAUCGGCCAUCACUCUCGCUAGACGCGUUUCUCAGGAGCUUGGGGAGAACCGGAACGACAUCGGUACCAACCGAUCACUUGUCGGCUAUGCUAUUCGGUUAGAGAGCAAGACGAGCAGCACCACGCGAAUCACCUAUGCAACGACCGGCGUACUGCUGAGGAUGUUGGAGGAAUCUCCAAAUCUCAAUGAUCUGGACUGCCUCAUUCUAGACGAAGUACACGAGCGUACGAUGGAUUUGGACCUGCUAUUUAUCGCGUUGCAGAAGUUGCUAAAACGCCGGAGUACAUUGAAGAUCGUUCUCAUGUCGGCUACAGUGGAUGCUAAAAAGUUCUCGGACUACUUUGGCGGCGCUCCAGUGUUAGACCUCCCCGGAAGGACGUUUCCAGUUGAGGUGGGAUUCCUGGAGGAUGCAGUCGAGGCCACCACCGACCUUGCGGGCGUGAAAGAAAAAGACCCGGCAAUCCAGGACGAGGACCAAGACUGGAAUGAUUACUACGGAAACGAUAAGGGGCGACCUAUCAUUGCCCAACCAGAGAAGUAUAGUAGCCAGACCCAACAGACGAUUUCCAACAUGGACGAAUAUCACAUCGACUAUAGUCUCAUCGCAAAACUCGCCGCCUCCAUUGCCAGCAAACCACGUUACGCGAAGUAUAGCAGCGCGAUCCUGAUCUUCAUGCCGGGGAUAGGCGAAAUGCGGCGUUUGCACAAUCUCCUCCUCUCAAUGGACACGUUCAGCAAAGAUUGGAUCGUGCACCUCUUGCAUUCGACCUUCUCAACAGAGGAGCUCGAACGAGCGUUUGAACGUCCGCCGAAAGGGCAAAGAAAGAUUGUGAUCGCAACCAACAUUGCCGAGACCGGGAUAACCAUUCCAGACGUAACGGCGGUGAUCGACACGUGCAAGGAGAAAAUCAUGCGCUUUGACGAACGACGCCAGCUCUCGCGGCUGACGGAAGGAUUCAUUUCUCGCUCCUCUGCGCGUCAGCGAAGAGGUCGGGCCGCGCGUGUUCAGGAAGGUCUCUGCUUCCACCUCGUCACCAAGCAUCGUUACGACAACCUGAUGCUUGAGCAGCAAGUCCCCGAAAUGUUGCGGCUGAGUCUGCAAGAUCCGAUCCUGCGAAUCAAGGUGUGGAACCUAGGGUCGAUUGAGGAGACUCUGAACGCGGCGAUCGAGCCGCCUUCGAGAAAGAACGUGCUCAGAGCGAUCGACAAGUUGAAAGACGCGGGAGCAUUAGCGAAGAACGAGACGUUGACGCCGCUGGGGCAGCAGAUUGCGAGAUUGCCCUUGGAGGUGCUGUUGGCGAAGCUGGCGAUCUUUGGCGUCAUUUUCCAAUGCCUGGAUCCCAUCCUGGCUAUCAUAUCUCUCCUGACCUCCAAGUCGCCGUUCCUGCAGAUUCCUACAUCUGGUUCGCAAGGCGACGCAAGACAUGCAUUCAGCAGAGGCGACUCCGACCUGCUCUCCUCGCUAAACGCCUACGAAGGUUGGAAGAAAGCCAAAGCGGCUCGGACGGCCCCGGAGUUCUGCCGCAAGAACCACAUCAGCGACCAGACGAUGGGACAAGUCGAAAUGCAAAAGAUCCAGCUGCUCGUGUACCUCGUUGACGCCGGGCUGGUGACGCUGGAGCCGGAGGAACGAGCAACCCUGAACCGGGCCCGAACGUAUUCUUCCGGACGUGGCGGUCUUCCAUCCUACACCAUCCCCGCGCGCUACAACCAGACCGUACCGGACCGGGCGCUCAGUGCGAUUAUCGCCGUGGCGCUGUAUCCCCGGAUCCUAAUGCGCGAAGGCAAAGGCUGGCGCAACGUGUACACAAACCAGAUGGUCUCGCUGACGCCGCGGUCCGUCAACCACCCUUCGCACGCCCCCAAGGCGCCGCGCUGGCUCUCCUUCUACGAGGCCAUGCAAAACACCCGCAGCGGCUCCCUCAACGUCUUUGAAACGUCUGCCAUCCCCGAGUCCGCGCUCGCGAUCCUGCUGGGCGCAGAGGCCGAGUUCAAAUUCUUUGCGGGCGUCUUGGUCUUGGAUGGCGGCAAGGUGAGGCUUUCGGUCCGGCGGUGGAGGGAGCUGAUGGCGCUGAAGAUUUUAAGGGAGAGGGUGUUGGGCACGCUGGAGAAGUGUUAUGACAGACCUGCUGAGGUGGGGGAGGAGGGUAGAAUAUGGUUGGAUAUGUGGUUGAAGAUCGAGGCGGCACAGGAGGCCUAGUUGGUUGGAUUUGAGACGCGUUGUAUUCCAGGACAUCUGUCUCUUGCUGGUCAGCCCGCUCAGUCGGGCUUCAAGCAGCUUCUUCUCAUGUCUGCGCAACUAUAUGCCGUAGAUGUAUGACUAUCUUGGCUCGCUGGCAUCCGAGGUAGUUUCAC